AUGCUUGCAGUUUACUUCAAGACAUACAAAUUGUUACCCUAUAUUCUGAAAUCUUAUUCCUCGGUGUUCAGCUGCAGACUGUGCUCAGAUUGUUUUCGUGCCAGAAAUGAAACAGGCAUGGUUUUCACAAACGCGUCCUGUUUCAAUGGCUUAAACUGUUGGUCCUCGCAUGGCAAUGUCCCUGCUGGUGUUCGUGGAGUUGGUCAGCAACUAUUUUAUGGCCAGCAACCUCCAACGUUUAUUAAUCCACUACAGAUAUGA